UCGUUUACAUUUCUAGUAAAAUAAGAGAAUUUUCAAAUUAUUACUCAAAAAUAUUUUAUUUGUGAAAUUUAAAAGAACACAAUAUAGUAAAAUAUAAUUUUAUGUCAAAAUAUUCAAAUAACAAAAAAGUUUAAAUUGAAAAAAUAAUGGAAAAUCUAUCGGAAAGGCAAAUGUGGUUGGAUGCACCAAUAAAAUUGCUUAUAAGUAAUUUAGUUGAGUUGCAACCCAAAGUGGGUAAAUCGGCAGCUUUAAAAAACAAGAAAAAGUUGUGGGAUUUGAUAUCAGAGGAACUAAAAUCAAAUGGAUACAUGUUUACACCAAUACAGGUUGAAACAAAAUUUAGGAGUUUAGAAAGGCAAUAUAAAAAAACCAAGCUUAACAACAAAUUAACGGGACGGUCAAAAAUGACUUGCCCGUAUGAAAGUGAACUAGCGGAUCUCUUUGGAGACAAAAGAGGUCUCAAUCCAGACUAUAUCCUAAAUAAUGAAGAACUUGAGGGAGUUUGUAGAAAUGAAUCUAAAAGUUAGAUAUUCCUAUUUAACGUAAAUGUGUAUUUAUGACAUAUAAACACAUACAUAUUUUUAGAUUUAGACGAUCUAGAUGAUCCAGAUGAUCAGCCAAGCCCAAAAGAAAAAAGAACAACAGUUCAAAGCAAAGCAUUUAAAAAAAUUGAGGAAAUCGGGGAGCAAAAUCGAUUAUUUCAAGAAAAAAUUUUAAAUAUACUUCGUAAAAA